AUUAUAAAAAAGAGUUGAGGUCACUGAAUAGGGAGCUUCAACUACAUAUCUUGGAGCUAGCUGAUGUGCUUGUGGAUAGACCAUCACAAUAUGCACGAAGAGUGGAGGAAAUUUCUCUUAUUUUUAAGAACUUGCACCAUCUUCUUAAUUCACUGCGUCCUCACCAGGCCAGAGCUACACUAAUUCAUAUUCUAGAACGGCAAAUACAACAUCGAAAACAGGCUGUGGAGGACAUUAAAAGAAGGAGAGAAGAGGCACAGAAGUUGCUCAAGGAGUCACUCCAAAUGUUGGAUGGCCAUUAAUUUGCCUUCAAUUAGUUCCUGCGUAUUUAGAUUGCCAUUUCGAAUGGGGAUUCACACCGGUAUCUAAUUUCUUUGAUGAAAGCUUAUUUAUAGUUACAUUCAAUAAGUAAAUUCCUUGUUUUGUGUGAAAAUCAGAGUGAAGUAUCAUGCGAGGACGAUAAACUAAUUUGAAGCAAUUAUGAAGCUAGAUGGACGGGUAAACAUGUGAGCUGUAAACUCGCAUGAUAACAUGAUUCGUAUUGCGAACCAACCUUAAAUGGCAACCUAAUUUCCAAAUAUGGACUUGGUUGAGGCCCCCCCUUCUCUGUGUUUAUUCAAAGCUUCAGGCUAAGAAAAAAAAGGUUUUAUGUUUUAUGGCAUCAA